GGUUAGAGAUGCAUGACACGUCCGGAUCCAUCGAUUUGAACACGGUUGGGAAAUCCGUCCAAAGGGAUUCAGACGAGAUUGACUCUCCGUCGCACCGCGUUUCAAUCGAUGAUUUCCAGCCCUCUGCAAACCAUGUGAAACCCGGAAACGGGCACAACGGGCUUGGUCUCACUACUUCAGAUUCGUAUAUGGAUGGGGAUUCGUAUUUCCCCAAUGAAAACGAAGCUGAGAUUCCAUUACGUCCCAACAAUGAUCGUUAUCUUCAAGCAAACGAAGGCUUCGAGUCUGGUCGUUCAGUUCUACCACUACAAAACCCGCAGCGUCAGCUUCUACAGUGUCUUUUACUUGAAGCAGGCAUUUUAUUCCAUAGCAUUUUCAUCGGAAUGGCUCUGAGUGUAACAACGGGGACUCCAUUUAUCGUGCUACUGGUUGCCAUCAGCUUCCAUCAGACCUUUGAAGGAUUUGCUCUUGGGGCGCGCAUAGCGUCGCUCAUCCCGGAUCUUUUUGCACCAGAUUCCCCAAGACCAUGGCUCAUGGCUCUCGCGUAUGGGACCACCACACCCAUCGGGCAAGCAAUCGGUCUUGUCCUGCACAACCUCUAUGACCCUGCAAGCACAACGGGUCUCCUCAUGGUCGGCAUCACCAAUGCAAUCAGCAGCGGGCUCUUGCUUUUCGCAGGUCUGGUGGAGCUUCUUGCCGAAGACUUCCUCAGCGAGUCGAGCUAUGAGACGCUGCAAGGUAGGAGACGCAUUGAAGCUUGCAUAUCAGUCGCGAGCGGCGCGCUUUUAAUGGCAUUUGUAGGUGCCUUUGCUUAGCGAGCCUUACACGUGCUGUGUUCUUUUCUUUUAUUCUAGUGAGAUCUAAUAGUUGUACGUGUCUUCGUACCUAAAAAGGAAAGCCAUGUGCAAUAUGCAGAUGCUGUAUAAAUUGGCUGUCAAAGAAACUGGGGCUUGGAUUGUAUUAUAUAGUAGAGCCAUUAGAAUAGUUGGUCCUUGAUAAGUAAUAGGAUUUUGGUAUAAAAAAAA